AUGGUUCUUGUUAGUUUCUUCUUAAGAAUCAUCACUUUCACUCUAACUCUGAAUCAGCUCGUUGAUGGGUUUCAGAGUCGAAUGUUGAUGGAUAAUGGGCUUGCUCUCACUCCUCAAAUGGGAUGGAACAGCUGGAAUCAUUUUCAGUGUAACAUCAAUGAAACCCUCAUCAAACAAACCGGUGAUUACGGAUUCUAUUCUGAUGCAAUGGUUUCAAGUGGUCUCUCUGCAAUAGGCUACAAGUAUAUCAACAUAGAUGAUUGUUGGGGUGAACUCAACAGAGACUCCAAGGGGAAUUUGGUUGCGAAAGCAUCGACAUUUCCUUCAGGGAUCAAAGCUUUAUCAGAUUAUGUUCAUAGCAAAGGGCUUAAGCUUGGGAUCUACUCUGAUGCUGGGACUCUUACCUGCAGCCAAACCAUGCCGGGAUCACUCGGGCAUGAAGAACAAGAUGCCAGAACAUUUGCUUCAUGGGGUAUUGAUUACUUGAAGUAUGAUAAUUGCGAAAACACAGGGACAAGUCCAAAAGAAAGAUACCCAAAGAUGAGCAAAGCUCUGAUAAACUCAGGAAGAUCCAUUUUCUUCUCUUUGUGUGAAUGGGGACAAGAGGAUCCAGCAACUUGGGCAGUAGAUAUUGGUAACAGCUGGAGAACAACUGGAGAUAUUGAAGAUAACUGGAACAGCAUGACAAGAAUAGCAGAUCAGAAUGAUCGAUGGGCAUCUUACGCAAGACCAGGAUCUUGGAAUGAUCCAGACAUGCUCGAAGUGGGAAAUGGAGGCAUGACUAGAGAAGAAUACAGAUCACAUUUCAGCAUCUGGGCAUUGGCAAAAGCUCCUUUGCUGAUCGGUUGCGAUCUUAGAUCCAUGGACAAAGUCACCUUUGAGUUGCUUAGCAACAAAGAGGUGAUCGCUGUUAAUCAAGACAAACUUGGGAUCCAAGGAAAGAAAAUCAAGAAAGAGGGUGAUCUUGAGGUAUGGGCAGGUCCGCUAAGCAAGAAACGAGUAGCUGUUAUCCUAUGGAACAGAGGAUCAUCACCUGCAAACAUCACAGCUCGAUGGGAGGAGAUUGGCCUUGAUUCAUCAGCUGUUGUCAAUGCUCGUGACUUAUGGGCGCAUUGGACACAUUCGGGUGUUAAAAAACAGCUGUCUGCCCUAGUGGAGCCUCAUGCCUGCAAGAUGUAUACUCUUACCAGACGCAAAGCAUAA